CAUAUGCGCACAGCCGCACAGUAGCGCAGUAGCGUGAAGAUGUAAGAAAGAUGAGGUGACUUUAAAUAGAUUACAGUUUUGGCACGCAGGACUAAAUGCAUCAGUAUAAAAAAUAGCUCUAUUAGGUACAAGGGGAAUGUGGGCUUGUUCAACAAGAUGACAACACAUGACAGUCACUCAGUGAAGAGUGAGGUUAACUGAGUCUGUACAACCAGAUUCAUCUGAACAGGCAUAGAGAUGAGCUCUCAGAAAAGUUCUUCAGUACCCACGAAGGACAUUACACCCGUCCAGCAGAUGACUGCAUCUUGCUCUGGGGCAGUUAUUACGUCACUCUUUGUAACGCCUCUGGAUGUGGUGAAGAUCAGACUGCAGGCACAAAACAGUUCUUUUCCCAAAGGGAAAUGUUUUGUGUACUGUAAUGGCCUGAUGGAUAUAUGCGUCUGUGAGAAUGGCAAUUCAAAGGCAUGGUACAAAACACCUGGUUGUUUCACCGGCACUUUGGAUGCCUUUAUUAAGAUUAUACAUGUAGAAGGAGUCAGGUCUCUGUGGAGCGGCCUUCCUCCAACACUAGUGAUGGCAGUGCCUGCAACCGUAAUCUAUUUCACAUGUUACGAUCAGCUAUGUUCCGUUCUCAAGCACCGGAUGGGAGACCGAUCAGAUUAUGUGCCGCUGCUGGCCGGCGCCAUCGCAAGAGUGGGGUCGGCUACAGUAAUCAGCCCCCUGGAGCUGGUCCGCACAAAGAUGCAGUCUGAGAAGCUGUCGUACCGGGAGCUGAGCGCCGUGAUCUGGUCAGCCCUGCACAACAAGGGCUGGCGGUCUCUGUGGAGGGGUUGGGGGCCCACGCUGCUCCGAGACGUCCCAUUCUCAGCUAUGUACUGGUUUAACUAUGAGAAGGGUAAAGCCUGGCUCUGUCAAUAUUACAACUGUUCAGAUCCAACCUUUGCCAUCACAUUCAUGGCUGGAGCACUGUCUGGAUCAUUUGCAUCAGUCAUCACACUGCCGUUUGAUGUGGUCAAGACAAGACGACAGGUAGAACUGGGUGAACUGCAGACAAUAAAAUUGUCCACACAAGUCUCAUCCAGCACAUAUCAUGUGAUGAAAAGGAUAGUUGCUGAAAAUGGAGUAUCAGGACUAUUUGCAGGUUUUCUGCCGAGGCUGAUUAAAGUGGCUCCGGCGUGUGCUGUAAUGAUCAGCACAUAUGAGUUUGGAAAAGCUUUUUUCCACAGAUACAACCAGAAAAAACAGAGGGUGACAAAACUGCAGCCCAGCACUUCAUCUCGCCCAGAAAAGCACUGAUUUAGAAGAACACUUGAUCACAGACCUUUGUUAAGAUUCAGUAAAUUAACCACAGGCUACGCCACUAAUUUUCCCAACAUGUAAUCACUCUUGCUGUCAGUCUAAAAGAGGAUUCGUAUAGAGUUGCUGUGAAAUAAAUCAGUAUUUACUUUCUCUAGUUAAUAUUUAAAAGUAACAAAGUAUCUUCCACGUAGGUCAAAUUAUUGAAAAUAAAAUAGUUUAAUAUUUGUGUUUUUAAAUGUAUUAAUUAAAAAGGUGAAGAAACAUAAACCCUUGCCUAUAAAUGCAUCUUUAUUGUAUUUAAUUAAAUUUUUUAGGGUUAGGCAAAUUGGUAAAUUCACACCAAAUGUAUUCCCAUCAGACACAUCAGUCAUGUUCAUCCUUGUAAUUUUGUUCUACCUGUUCUGUCUUGUUGACUUUUAAUUGUUAAUGUCUUAGUUUGUGUUAAAUGAAGACAGUUGUGAAAUGGUGCCAAAAAUAAGAUAGAUUUUUUUUUUUUUUUUUUUAUGUAGUUAAGACCCACUGCCUAAAAAGUGUGAAUAUUCACAGCUUUUUAAACAAUUGCGCUGUUUGUAAUUGAAUUUAGUUCAUGAAUAAUUUAAAAUCUCUUUGUUUCGAAUUCUUUUAUUCAGUCCAAAAUAUGAUCUGUAGUUAUUUUAAUUUACACACAUGUUGCUUGAACCAGGAGCGCAUAAGAUCUUAUGCGAUGUGCAAAAACCUUCCAUUUCUAGUGUGAUGAAAGAAUGAGAAUUAAUUUCAGCAUUCUCUGUUUAUGUUCUGUUUUUACACAAAAUUGCAUUUAAUUUGUAUUGAUAACUGGACAUCAAACACCAAAUUAAAUCUGCAGUGUGAUGAGGACAUAUGAAAAUAUUCUGUAAGCUAGUAUUCCAAUGCACACACCAACAAGACAAAAUCAGCAUUCAGCCAAGCUUGUAUUUACAUUUUAAUUUAUUGAAAAAAAUAUAUAUAAAUAAAAAAAUCAUAGAUGAGGACAUAAAGUAAAAUUUUACUGAAUACAUUAAGGCUAAAUUAUAAUUAGGUGAAUAUAUGAUAUUCAUCUCAGUGCGCCCUUGUUAUCCUCACCCCAUUUAUUUCUGUCACAA